UAGAAGUUAGAAGCAAAAGCAACACAACUUUGUACUUAGCCUUGGGUUAAUUAGGCCAUAGCAAUUAGCAUACAUAUAUACCAAAAACAACUGUUGCAGUUGCAGCUAUGUCUAAGCACAGAUGCGGAUAUGAAGACGGGCGCCGCCGGCUUCUCCGCCGCAUAUUCGCCGGCAUCCUAGCCUUCAUCAUCCUCGUACUCCUCGUCAUCUUCAUAAUCUGGAUCACCCUCAAACCCACCAAACCCCGUUUCGUCCUUCAAGACGCCACCGUUUUUGCCUUCAACAUCUCCUCCGCCGGCGCCGCGCCUUACGCCACCGCUCCCAACCCCAACACCCUCACCGUCAGCAUGCAAGUCACGCUCUCAUCGUACAACCCAAACGAGCGAAUCGGCAUUUACUAUCAGAAUCUUGACGUCUACGUUUCCUACAGGGGCCAGCAGAUCUCGCUGGCGGCGGAGCUGCCACCAACCUACCAGGGCCACGGUGACGUCGACGUUUGGUCGCCGUUACUGUACGGAUCCGUCGUGCCGGUACCUCCGUUCAUGUCUGAUGCUCUACAACAGGACCAGACUUCAGGGGAAGUGUUGGUCAACGUCAAGGUCAACGGGAGAGUUAAAUGGAAGGUGGGGACUUGGGUUUCUGGGACGUACCACAUCGAUGUUAACUGUCCAGCGUAUAUCGUUCUCGCCGUAGACCGGAAUAAUAGCAUCGGAGGUUCGGUUCCGGGUUCGGGUCCGGCGGUGAAGUUUCCGGUUCAACACAGUUGCAUUGUCGAUGUUUAGUUAUUAAUAUAGGAAAAAAUUAUACUUUCCACUGUUCUAGACUUAUUAUUUUUAUUAUUUGAUUAUAGUCGGAUGAAUUUGAAAUCAUAUAAAGAAAAAAAAAAAUUAGAUGUUAUUGAUUUCAAAUUAAUCUAACUAUAACCAAACAGUUAAUAAAAAUAAUAAGUAUAAAAUAAUGGUAAGUAUAAUUAUCAUAUUUAAUAUUUAAAAAAAAAGUAGUUUGCUUUGAUUGUUAGUUGUUAAU